GGACCCGAGUGGGAGGACACUAACAAAUGUUAAUGUUGAAAUAUGAGAAAACGGAACCGGGGCGGGUGAAGGCACAUGGGAGAGGACUGGUGGUGAAGCUUAUCUGGGCUGCGGAGAGCAGGAAGACCAGAAAAUAGAAAAAUAAAAAAAUGCUUGGAUCUCGAUUUUUUAAAGAGGGAUACAUUCACAACUGUGCGCACCUAUUAUUCAAAUGGAUCGGUAGACGGAGAGGAAUCUAUUAAGAGUCCAGUUCCACUUUUUUAUUUCUUUAUUUUUUUUUUAAAUCGGAUUAAAGAAGUAAACUUCAUCAAGAGGAAGAGACGAUAUCUAGAAGUUUGAAUCGGUUGCUGAAGCCAGAAAAAAAUGUUGCGUGUGUUUUGGAGCGCUUUGAGUCUUUUGUGGACCUUGUUGAUCUGCAGCGUGUGCAGAAGCUGUGCGCAGGAACGACAGGGUUACCUGGUUACCGCCCCCUCUGUUUUCCGAGCUGGAGUGGAAGAGAGUGUGAGCGUCACCAUCUUUAAUGCAAAGGCAGAAACCCGCGUCCAGGUGCAGCUGUCGGUGAAAGGACAAACAGUCGCCCACAGCCACAGCUCAGUUUAUGAUAAAGGCACCAUCAAAUUGAAGGUUCCAUCUGGGCUGAGAGGGCAGGCUCUUCUGACGGUCUGGGGAAACCGUCAGCUCACAGAGAGAGGCUACAUUUUCCAUAACUAUACCACCAUCACCUUGGAGAGCAAGGGUUCAGCCGUCUUCAUCCAGACCGACAAACCCAUCUACAAACCCAAGCAUAAAGUGCUAAUUAAUGUCUACACUGUGACGCCUGAUAUGAGACCCAUAAAUGAAAAGGUUGAAGCAUAUAUUUUGGAUCCAAGAGGAUCUAGGAUGAUCCAAUGGAAGGGUCUUAAAUCUCUCUGCUGUGGCAUCGUGAACAUGAGUUUCCCUCUAUCUGACCAGCCUGUGUUUGGAGAGUGGUUGGUCUUUGUGGAAGUGCAGGGCCAAACCUACAACAAGUCAUUUGAAGUGCAGAAAUAUGUGAUGCCAAAAUUUGAACUGGUUAUAGUUCCACCUCCUUACAUUCGUGAUCUCAGCUCAUGCGAGCAGGCAAGUGUCACAGCCAGAUACACCUUCGGAAAACCGGUAACAGGAAAGUUGACAGUAAAUAUGACUGUAAAUGGAGUUGGAUACUACCGUCAUGAGAUGGGCCAACCUGUAAUUAAAACAAUGGAGAUUAAAGGCUCUGCAAAUUUCAGUCUGUGCGUGAGAGACAUGAUGCCCCUGGACGUGGCUGAUCACUUCAGGGGUACAGUUAGCAUUUGGGCAUCAGUGACCAGCAUUGAUGGCAGCCGGCAAACCACAUUUGAUGAUUCAACGGCGGUCCAUAAACAACUGAUUGACAUCAAGUACUCUAAAGAUACGCACAAACAGUUCAAGCCAGGUCUGCCUUACAAAGGGAAGAUCGAGGUUACUUAUCCAGAUGGGAGCCCAGCUGAUGGAGUGACAGUCCGUGUUAAGGCAGAGUUGACGCCCAAGGACAACAUCUACACCAGUGAACUGGUUUCCAAGGAUGGCAAAGUGUUGUUUGAAAUCCCCUCCAUCCCUAUAGCUGCUCAGUAUGUCUGGAUUGAGACAGAAGUGAUGUCUAUUGAUGGAAAGACAGUGGGAGACCAGUACUUGCCUAGCUACUUAUCCAUUAGCAGUUGGUACUCUCCAAGUAGGUGUCACAUCCAGAUCCAGAGUCCCAGCUCCCCUCUUAAGGUUGGCCAAGAGGCUGAAGUGGCUUUAAAAUCUACCUGUCCCUGUAACUUCACUCUGCACUACGAGGUGGUUUCCAGGGGAAACAUCGUCCUGUCAGGCAAAGAACCCGCCAACCUGACAGCAUCACACAGAGGAAAAAGGGCCACGGUGACUUUUGAUAAGAACGUUCAUGCCACCCAGCUCCCUUCCUCUGCUUCUGGGGGUUUGUCCCAGGAUGAGAUGGAAACCUGUAUGUCUUAUCUUCGUUUUCCUGUUAGUCACACCAUGGCGCCUCUCAGCCGUCUGCUGGUGUACUACGUCAGGGAAAACGGCGAGGGCGUAACAGACAGUCUGCAAAUCUCUGUUUUGCCGGAGUUUGAGAACAAGCUCUCUGUUUCUUUUUCAUCCAAUGAGUCCAUACCGGGAGAUCCAGUGAGCCUGCACGUUCGGGGUGAGAGGGGCUCUUGCAUUUGUUUGGCCACUGUGGAUAAAAGUCUUUACUUGUUAAAGCCCAACUUCCAGCUUAGUCCCAACAAGGUGUUCAAAGAGAUGGCUGAUUUCGAUGUUUCAGACGUAUUUGGUGUUGGUAAGGAUGAUGGACACAUGUGGUGGCCUGGACUGUCCUCAAAGAGACGAAGACGUUCAUCUGUGUUCCCCUGGCACUGGGACAUCACUAAAGAUGCACGCUUUGCUUUUACAGAAACAGGGCUGGUAGUGAUGACAGAUAUGGUGAGCUUAAACCACCGGCAGAGCGGAGGGAUGUACACUGAUGAAGCUGUUCCAGCUUUUCAGCCACACACAUCGACUGUAGUGACUGCGAUUCAUCCCCGACCCACAAUAAGGACUGAAAAGCGGAGACGGACGUUUUUCCCCGAAACUUGGGUGUGGCGCUGCUUUAAUGUCAGCUCUGAAACUGGGGAGGCUAUCCUCCAGUUGGAUGUCCCUGAUUCAAUCACCACAUGGGUCACCGAAGCUGUCGGACUCUCCGAGAAGAAGGGUCUGGGUUUGGCAGAGAGGAUAGAGCUUCGGACCUUUAAGCCCUUCUUCGUCGACUUCACGCUGCCUUACAGUUUAAUCCGAGGGGAGCAGACCAAAGUACCUCUUACGGUCUACAACUACCUUCCCACUUGUUCUGAGGUACAUGUAAAAGUGUCAGUCCCAAAAGGCAUCAAAUUUAUUGGCCAUCCUGGAAAGCACCAUCUUACCAGAAAGAAAUGUGUGGCUCCUGGAGAGGCUAUUCCAAUAUCUAUUGUGUUGUCUUUCACUGAACUGGGAUCUGCAAACAUCACAGCCCGAGCAAUUGCCUACAGUUCAUCAAGUUGCUGUUCAGAUGGAGGAGUGACAGGCAAGACUAGUAAUCAUGCAGAUGAAAAGAGAAUCCCCACUGGUCUAGACUACGUUCGCAGGACUGUUCUGGUCGAGCCGGAAGGGCUAUCAAGAGAGUACACCUACAGUGUUUUCUUCUGUCCAAAUGAGAGAAUUCACAUUUCAACCCCUAAUAAGUACGAGUAUCAGUAUGUCAAAAAGCCAUCCAAGAUGAAGCAGUUUGAUGUGGCUGUGAAGACCCACAAUGAUGCCCACAUUGCCCUCUCUGCCAGUCCACAUGACAGUGCAGAGAUGCUUGAGAUUGUACUUGGUGGGAAGCAGAAUACACGCUCCUGGAUAUCUUUAGGAAAAAUGGGGGACCCCCUGGUCAGCGUUUCCACACCAGGGCUGCUGUCCUGGAAUGAGUUCCGAAGUUUUUGGAUCAGUUGGAAAGGAGGUGUGGUAAAGGUGGGGCAUGGUUUGCAUUCAUCCAACGAAUCUAUCAUUUUAGAGUGGGCAGGCCAGUUCCCAGGACAGGUGCAACACAUUGGGUUCUCAACUGGGUGGGGCUCUGUAGGAGAGUUUAAAAUCUGGAGGAAGGAAGACUCUGAUGACGACCACAAUGAGGCCUUCACUCUUGGUGUGCCGAGCAAUAUGGUGCCUGGAUCGGAAAGGGCCACUGCAUAUAUGAUCGGGGAUGUAAUGGGACCAACUCUAAACAACCUGGAUAAGCUGCUGAGGCUACCCUUUGGGUGUGGAGAGCAGAACAUGAUUCACUUUGCACCAAAUGUCUUUGUUCUGAAAUACCUUCAGAAGACCGGGCAGCUGAGUCCAGAGGUUGAAACUGAAGCCACCGACUAUCUGAUUCAAGGUUACCAGAGACAGCUGACCUAUAAACGACAGGAUGGAUCCUAUAGUGCAUUUGGCGAGAGGGAUUCCUCAGGCAGUAUGUGGUUAACAGCGUUUGUUCUGAAGUCUUUUGCUCAGUCUCGGGGGUUUAUCUUUAUUGACCCUGAAGAGCUUCAUGCAGCUAAGUCUUGGCUCAUCAAACAUCAGCGAGAGGAUGGUUCCUUUCCUGCAAUGGGACGCAUUCUCAACAAAGACCUACAGGUAGGUCUAUGUUUGAUUGUGUUUAAAGCACUUUUGCCUUCUCUACCUGACCUGACUGGCCUGAUGUGCUCUCUUCAUCCUCUGACGUGGGGGCGGGCUCAGAGUUUGUCUGCCUGGCUGUGUGUUUCCUGGACGGGAUCGCCUGUGGAGCUGCCUGACAUUUGCCUUUUUCUCCACUAUUGUGUACAGGAAGAGAAGGUCGCAGUGGCUAGAGCCAAGGAUUUCCUCGAAAGCAACACUUAUUCUGCCAAUGACCCUUACACCACAGCUCUGUCUGCAUAUGCCCUGUCUUUGCUCCGCAGCCUUUAUGCUCCGCUGGCUCUGCGUCGCCUCAACCACAUGGCCAUCACUAAAGAUGGGCUCACCCACUGGAGCCUUACUGGCAGCACUGUGACCGAUGAAGAUACUUUCAUGGGCUUCAGCGAUGGUUUCUCUCACUCAGUUGUGUCAGCAGAGGUGGAGAUGACAGCCUAUGGCCUUCUGACCUACACCAUCAUGGGUGAUGUUGCUUCUGCGCUGCCUAUUGUCAAAUGGCUCUCCCAGCAAAGAAAUGCUUUGGGUGGUUUCUCUUCCACACAAGAUACAUGCGUGGCUCUGCACGCCCUGUCGGAGUACGCCAUCCUUUCAUACGUAGGAGGGGUAAACCUCACCAUCUCUCUUGCCUCCACCAACCUCGACUUCCAGGAGGCCUUUGAGCUCAACCGAGACAACAAGAAACUCCUUCAGAGGGCCAAGAUACCAAGUAUCCCCACAGGCCUUUUUGUCAGCGCUAAAGGUGAAGGCUGCUGUCUCAUGCAGAUCGAUGUGUCCUAUAAUGUUCCUGAUCCAAUAGCAAAGCCAGCUUUCCAACUCAAGGUGGAUCUGAGAGAACCGCUACAGGAGCGACGCCUACAGCCCUCCUCCGCAUCUUCUACUUCCAAGCACUCUGCGUCACGUUCCCGGAGCCGAGUCGACAACCGCUCUGAGCUCAGUCGGAGGCGCAGAGCUCCCAUUGAAGAUGAUGACCCAGCAGCCCACCAGGACAAGCUAAACUUCCACAUCUCUUUAGAAGUGUGCGCUAGGUGGCUCCAUUCAGGUUCAUCCAACAUGGCAGUCAUAGAGGUUCCCAUGAUUUCUGGCUUCAGAGCAGAUUUCGAAAGCCUGGAGAGACUGAUGAUGGAUAAAAGAGUUGGGCUAAAGAGAUACGAGGUGAACGGCAGGAAAGUCUUAUUCUACUUUGAUGAGAUUUCCAGUCAGUGUAUGACAUGUGUGGCCUUCCAAGCUAUCAGAGAAUACAUCGUAGGCAAGAUGGCGCCUGUUCCGGUCAAGAUCUAUGACUACUAUGAACCAGCUUUUGAGGCCACCAGGUUCUACAAUGUUAGUGAGAGCAGUCCACUUGCACGGGAGCUGUGUGAUGGACCCACUUGUAAUGAAGUGGAGAGUUCAACAAAUCAUUGGACAGGUUUUGUGCAGGCAAACCAGUGCAACAAUGUGUUAGGCUGCGUGGAGGAGGAGCAAAUGGAACGAUGCACGUGUUACAGGGACUGUGGCUAUGAUGGGGAGCCUGUUUGUGGAUCAGAUGGGCAGCUCUACCAGAACCAGUGUCAGAUGGAGGUAUCGUCUUGUCGAAAUGGGACUCGCAUCAAACAAGUUCACCUGUCCCAAUGUUUUCAUAAUAAAACCAUUGAAAAAAGUCAGCCAGAGGCAAGCCAGGAAAUCGAACAACCUUCAGUGCCCAUACAUGCAGGUGAAGAGGAACAGGGCUCCAUGAUGACAGAGGUGUCCUACUACUCCUAUGAAUAUGACUCAGAUUCUGGGGCUUUCCUUGCUGAUGCAGAGGGAGGGGACCAUUCCGACAUACCUGAAGGUGGUGGUGUUGUGCAGCAUAACGUGCCCCUACCAGCUAACAGCCAGCUGCCCACGGCUGACACAAAGAGCACCCCUGAGCGAUGAAAUGUAAAGUGAAACCAUAUGGCCACCCCAAAAUUGUACCAUAUUUGUGAAUAUGCUUGUGAAUGGAAAGAAAACAGAGAGUUUGCAGACUUGCUUCAACAAAAAAUCGGUGCGGUUUGGAAACAACUUUUUUUAGUUGUUUGGUGAAUUGAGUUGGAGUGGAUGCUUUUAUUGUGUAUGUCUGUUUUUUGUGCGUGGUAGGAAGUGAAGGAGAAAGAUUUUGAAGCUCAAAUCCUCUAGUUCAUUUGCUUCCUGUAGACUCAUCAGUAGACACCAUAGCAUCUUAAUCCAGUUUGCUGCUUUUAUAAUCACUAGAAAAAAAAACAGACAAGCAAUUUUUUUUUAUAUUUGUAAUUACACUCAAUGUUAAGCAAUAUAUUUUUAUUAUAUUUUCUAUCUGUGGUAUUUAUUUGUAGCUAGAAAUAUUUUUCUUUCUUUUUUUUUAAGUCAAGGCCUGCCCACACAGACUACAUUUUCCCCAUUGUAGUUCUUGAUGUGCUCAUUCAAAGCACUUUUUGGCUUAAACACCAAUAACUGAAAGGUCUACUUAAAACGACUGUGCUGGUUUGCUGCUGAAGAAAGACAUGCUAAUCGUAUGCUUUACAGAAACAUAAGCUGAAGUUCUUUUUCAUCGUCAGACAUUUUCUUCAUUUUUUUUAUUCACUGUACCACUUCAAAGAGAUUGGAGGGUAAUGAGCAGAGAGAGAAAUGUA